AGGAAAACAAGCGGCAGAGCGCGAUUCCAGCCCCGUGGAGCCGAGCAGCCUCCGGGGCAUCGCGCCCACCAUGUGCCCCCGGGGCCGGCCAGCGGGGUCGCAGUGGGCCGGGGGGCUCCGCUGAGACCCAGCCAUGGGGCCGUGGCGGUGGCUGCUGCUCUGGUGCUGGCACACGGCGCUGCUCCAUGGCCAGCACCCGCAGGACAGCCCCGUCCAGCCGGCGGGAUGGUCCCCGGCUCCAUCACCCUCCUGGGUGCCCACAGCGGGGCCGGGAGCGCCGGGGGACACCGAGGGCUCGGCGGCGGCGCUGGCGUUCCUGCAGACGGGCGAUGCGCAGCGCCUGGCCCGAGCCAACUGCAGCCGGGGGGUCCCGGCGGGGGCCGCGGGUCCCGGUCCCCCCCCGGCGCUGCGAGCUGCCCUUCGUGCUGUCCCCGAGGCGCUGGCCCACGCCGCCAACUUCCUCAACAUGCUCUUCCAGACCAACGACAUCCGCGAGGCCAGCGUGGCCGAGGACGUGGAGUGGUACCAGGCACUGGUGCGCAGCCUGGCCGAGGGGCACCCAUGGGUGCGCCGGGUGGUGCUGGCCCUCGACGCUCACCCGCUGGCCGCCAAGCCCCUGCUGAUGCUGCAGGCUACCAAGGAGGAUGGCCAGAUCCUGCUCCAGGAUGUCUCCGCUGCUGCUCCAAGCCUCGGUAACCUCAGCUGGGACAACGAGUGGUUCAAUGCCCUUAAAUCCCAGAGGACCCCCGUCCUCCGCAAGCGGGUGCUCAGCAAUGACCUGCACAGCAUGGACACCCCCAAGUGGCAGCGGGGUGACAGCUACGUGGGGGACCCGAGCCACGUGCGGUGGUCCCCACCAUUCCUCGAGUGCCGGGAUGGCAGGUUCCUGCCCGCCUGGGCGGUCACGCUCUCCUCUGCUUUCUAUGGGCUCAAGCCAGACCUCAGCCCUGAGUUCAAGGGUGUCGUGCGGGUGGACAUCGAGCUGCGGGACGUGGCCAUUGAUCAAUGUGCCAGCGGGCCGGGCUGGUUCGCAGACACACACCGCUGCGACCUCAACAGCACCCAGUGUAUCCCGCAGGAGAGCCACGGCUUCGUCCUCGGGAGAUACCAGUGCCGGUGCAAGCCGGGCUUUUACGGGGCCAGUGGAGCAGCCAGUGGUGCCCAGGCAGGCACGGCAGGGGCAGAAGCGGGGGCCCUGUUGGGAUGCCGGCCCUGCCGCCAAGGAUGCUCCACCUGCGAGGACGAUGCUCCCUGCCUGAUCCAGGAGGACCGGGCGCUGCGGGCGGCCGUGCUCUCCUGCCAGGCCUGCUGCAUGCUGGCCAUCUUCCUCAGCAUGCUGGUCUCCUACCGCUUCCGACGGAGCAAGAGGAUCCGGGCAUCCGGAAUCAUCCUCCUGGAGACAAUCCUCUUCGGGUCCCUCCUCCUCUACUUCCCAGUGUUCAUCCUGUACUUCAAGCCCAGCAUCUUCCGCUGCAUCGUCCUGCGCUGGGUCCGCAUGCUGGGCUUCACCAUCGUCUACGGCACCAUCACCCUCAAGCUGUACAGGGUGCUGAAGGUGUUCCUGUCCCGCACGGCCCAGCGGGUGCCCUGUGUGUCAAGUGGGCGGGUGUUGAAGAUGCUGGGGCUGAUCCUGGUCCUGGUGCUGUGGUUCCUGGCGGCCUGGACCAUCGGGAUGCUGGAGAACGUCGACAAGAACAUCCCGUUGGUGAUCCGCACCCAGACCGCCCGCGGGCUCCACUUCUACAUCUGCGGCCACGACCACUGGGACUACAUGAUGGUGAUCGCCGAAAUGCUGUUCCUGCUGUGGGGCAGCUUCCUGUGCUACACCACACGCACCGUGCCCUCCGCCUUCCACGAGCCCCGCUACAUGGGCAUUGCGCUGCACAACGAGCUCAUGAUCUCGGCCACCUUCCACGUGGUCAGGUUCAUCAUGGUCCCCUCGCUGCACCCCGACUGGACGCUGCUGCUCUUCUUCGCUCACACCCACAGCACCAUCACCAUGACCCUGGCGCUGCUCUUCAUCCCAAAGUUCCUGCACACGGGCUCGCCGCUGCGGGAGGAGAUCACGGCCGAGGUCUAUGAGGACGAGCUGGACAUGCGGCACUCGGGCUCCUGCCUCAACAGCAGCAUCGCGUCCGCCUGGAGCGAGCACAGUCUCGACCCCGAUGACAUUCGGGAGGAGCUGAAGAAGCUUUACAGGCAGCUGGAGGUGCAGAGGACGUGGCGGAUGGUGGCGCACAACCCUCACCUCCCCAAGCAGCGCAGCUCCCGCCGCAGCCUGGCCCGCUCCAUCGCCCGCCGCGUCACCGAGCUGCCCGAGGCGCUGGCGCGCCGCCGCAGCAGCCGCAGCUCCCCGGCCACGCAGCUCCUCGAUGCGGGUACCACCAACGCGAGGAUGCGGGAUGAUGGUUCCCGCAGCACUGAGGGGUCCUGGGGGGGUUCACCCAUCCUUCUUCUCCCCCGGGAGCCCGCACCAGGGAGGAAGAUGAUGGUGGCGACGGCCUCGGAGCAAUCCGACAGCGAGUCCCUCGAUGCUGCCCCGCUCGUGUGCAAGUCGGCCAGUGCCCACAACCUGGUGGGGGACGGGCAGCUCCCCCUGCCCCACGCACCCCUCUUGCACAAGUCGCUCAGCGUGGCGGCCGGGGGGCAGGAUGAAGCCCUGCUCGCCGCCAGCCGAGCUGCGUGGGGGAAGCAACACGCUGAGCACCCCUUCACCCCGGCCUUGGGGCACCCCACGGCACAGGGAUCCCCCAAGGAAGCUGGGAAGCCCCAAAGCCCCGGUGCUGAUGCUGUCCCCAGCCCUGCCGAGGGGUGCUCACAGGAUGUGUCCCCCCUGGGUGACGGCAAGGUGCAGAAACAUGUCACCUACGCACCCAUCAAGAGCAUCAGUGUCGACGGCUCCCACCACCCAGGGCGGGUGCGGAGGGUGGUGGUGAGGAGAACCCCACCACGGCCCCCCAUCCGCUACCAGAGCCUGGGGCAGCAUGGCCCAGCGGCCGGGGACAGCCUGGGGGCAGCGGAGCCACCCACAGGACCCCCGGCACGGGUGGGAGAACCAGCAGGAACAGCAGCAGGGAUGGAGGAGGAAGACCCGGGAUGCGCAUCACCAUCUGCGGGGAAGGGGCCUGCAGUACCCAUCCCGGCACAGGUCUGUCCCUGGGAGCUGGUCCAGGAGGAGAUCCUGAGCCGGAGGGAAAAAGCCACCAAAGCAGCAGAGUCGGGGACCACCGGUGACACAGCAGCCAUCCCACCCAGCACCAAACCAUCCGCCCAGAAGACGUCCCUCCGGAGCCUGGGACUCGCCGUCAAAGCCUUCAACCGCUCCAGGGGGAAAAGCAUCUUGAAGGGGAAGAGGGAGGGCGAGGGGAGCCUCAGGAAAAGGGGGCACGAGCAGGAGGGGGGCAGCAGGAGGGAGAGGCCGAGCCUGGCAAAGGCAUCGGCCGUGUCCUUCGCAGGGACCACAGGCCCUGAGCAGGACUUUUCCCAGCACAACAACAGCACAGCGGGCUGGGGGGACAGCCCAGCCCUGGGCACGGGCGAUGGAGAGGAGCUGGCUGAGGAGCCCGGUGCUCCCCAUGGGGGUGCAGAUGCAGCGCACAAGGUCCCACCAAGCGCUGGCCACCAAGAAGGAGCUGAACGUCCCCGUGAGCCCCCGGUGGUGGUGGCACAGCCCCAGCCCCAGCGAGGGGACGAGGCUGCUGUGGUGGAGCUGGGGAAUGAUGCUCCUGCGGCCACACCAAAGGAAGGGCUCGAGGAAACCAGCAGGUCCAUCCCCUCCCAGGACCACGCAGAGGUGGAGCAGCCACAUGCAGGACCCAUCGCAAGCAGCUCCCACCCGUCCAGCAGUGAUGUGCAGAGAGCGGCUGCUGAGAAGCUGGAGGCUGAGGUUUGUCCCCAAGGAGCCCUGGAUGUCCCAGCAGGAGCCAUGUGCCACGAGGAGGUGGCUGCCCAAGAAGACACCAGGAUCCCACCAGCCAAGGUGCUGGAGAAGGGCAGCAGCCAACCUGAGCCCCUUGGUCCCAGGGACAGUGAGAUGGUCCCUGCAAGGAGCCAGAGCAAGGAGCUGGCCCCAGCGGGCAGGCAGGCGCAGGGCUGUCCUAGGGAAACCCAGGCAGAUUCCAGCAUUGAAACAGGGAUCUGCCCCUGGGAGGAGAGCGGGGGGGACCCCCAGCACCCCAGGGAAGAGCUGGGCAUGGAGAAACCACCAGCAACCCCCUCAGAGCGGCUGGAAGGGCCUUUGGAGGGCAGGAAGGUUGAGGUUUGCCCAUGGGAGACCCCGGAACAGGGAAGGACCAUGAGAGCAGAAACCUGCCCCUGGGACAUGGAGGGGGCUCAGCCGGAGCAGGGGGGCCAGGAAGGAGAGAGGACACGGGUGGUCAAGUGGGGCAAGAGCAUCAGGUCAAACUCCCUGGGGUUGGUGGGAGCUCCAAAGCCACCAAAUCCUGCUGCCAGCAGCUCGGAGCUGCCAGAAGGGACCCCAAGGAGCGCUCGGGCUUUGGUUUGUCCCUGGGAAGUGGUGGGAGCUGACAGUGGUGCAGAAGGAAUUCGCCCUUGGGAAAGGGUAGCAGCCGUAUCCAAUGCAAGGAAAACAGAGGAUGGUGACAUUUCCCAAGGGAAAAAUGGGAUUUCCCCACAGGCAGCGGCCCCAGGGGGCACGGGAGGGAUGGGUUUGGCUGCAGACAAGGGGAGCACCCAGCAGGGGUGUCCCUAUCCCGGGGAGGGUGCGGAGCAGCCCAGCACAGGGCUUGCAGCAGGACACUCGGCUCUGCCCAAAGCCUCAUCCAAGCGAGCAGGACCCAUCAGCAGCAGCAAGGCCAACAUUCGUCCAUGGGAAGUGGAGGAUGAGCCGCUUGCCAAGGCAGAAAUCUGCCCUUGGGAAGAGCCUGCAGCUCCAUUGGGGAAGGACAGAGCAAGCCAGGACACGCGUGGGACUUCCAAAGGGGAAAACAAACCGGCAACCAGAGGAUUGGAGCGUAUCAAACCAAAGCUGGCAGAGAUGGGUGCCCAUCAACCAGAGCACAGGAACACCAAGAUCUUCGCAAAUCUCAUUAGGAAAAGCCUGGAGAGCUCAAAAGCCAAAUCCAAGAAAUCCCAGAGUAUGGAGAGCAUCAAGGAGGAAGUUUGUCCAUGGGAGAGCCUGGGCACGGAGCAGCCCAUGGAGCAGCCGCGUGCCAGGAACCCAGCGCUGCCCAAAGCGCCUCCGGACACUCUGGGCAUCCAGAGGACAUCCCAGAGCGGGGAGAGCCUGAAGGCAGAGGUGUGUCCCUGGGAGGCUCCAGGGGCUCAAUCCAUGGAUAAAGCAGAGAUCUGCCCCUGGGAAGUGGCUGCAGCUCCAUCAGGUAAAGAGGAAUCAAGACAGGACAAGGAUGGUCUGUCCAUAGGGAGCAGAAGCUCCUCUACAAGUGAAGGUGCCUUCAAGGAGAUUGGGCACAGCACACCCGCAGAGGAGAAAGCAAGCGAGGAGAGCCUGAAGGCAGAGGUGUGCCCUUGGGAGGCUCCUGAGGCUCAGUCCAUGGAUAAAGCAGAGAUCUGCCCCUGGGAAGUGGCUGCAGCUCCAUCAGCUAAAGAGGAAUCAAGACAGGACAAGGAUGGUCUCUCCAUAGGGAGCAGAAGCCCCUCUACCAGUGAAGGUGUCUGCAGAGAGACUGGACACAGCACACCCACAGAGGAGAAAGCAAGCGCUGAGAGCCUGAAGGCAGAGGUGUGCCCUUGGGAGGCUCCAGAGGCUCAAUCCAUGGAUAAAGCAGAGAUGUGCCCCUGGGAGGCGGCUGCAGCUCCCUCGCAGCAGCUCAGGGCAAAGCAGGGCCCUGGGGGGGUGCCCAGGGGGGACAAGCGCAUCAGGCGCCAGGCAGCGCUGCCCAGCCUGGGGACAGCCCUGGAGAGGGGCAGCAGCGAGCGAGAGGCCGCGUGUCCAUGGGAGAGCCUGGACAUGGGGCAGCCCAUGGAGCAGCCCCGUGCCCGGAGCCCAGCGCUGCCCAGAGCACCUCCGAGGACAUCCCAGAGCGGGGAGAGCCUGAAGGCAGAGGUGUGCCCUUGGGAGGCACCAGAGCUUGAAUCCAUGGAUAAAGCAGAGAUCUGCCCCUGGGAGGUGGCUGCAGCUCCAACAAGUAAAGAGGAAUCAAGACAGGACAAGGAUGGUCUCUCCAUAGGGAGCAGAAGCUCCUCUACUGGUGAAGGUGUCUGCAGAGAGACUGGACACAGCACACACACAGAGGAGAAAGCAAGCACUGAGAGCCUGAAAGCAGAGGUGUGCCCUUGGGAGGCUCCAGGGGCUCAAUCCAUGGAUAAAGCAGAGAUCUGCCCCUGGGAAGCUGCUGCAGCUCCAUCAGGUAAAGAGGAAUCAAGACAGGACAAGGAUGGUCUCUCCAUAGGGAGAAAGAGCCCCUCUACAAGUGAAGGUGCCUUCAAAAAGAUUGGGCACAGCACACCCGCAGAGGAGAAAGCAAGCGGGGAGAGCCUGAAGGCAGAGGUGUGUCCCUGGGAGGCUCCAGGGGCUCAAUCCAUGGAUAAAGCAGAGAUCUGCCCCUGGGAGGUGGCUGCAGCUCCAACAAGUAAAGAGGCAUCAAGACAGGACAAGGAUGGUCUGUCCAUAGGGAGCAGAAGCUCAUCUACAAGAGAAGGUGCCUUCAAGGAGAUUGGGCACAGCACACCCACAGAAGAGAAAGCAAGCGGGGAGAGCCUGAAGGCAGAGGUGUGCCCUUGGGAGGCUCCAGGAGCUCAAUCCAUGGGUAAAGCAGAGAUCUGCCCCUGGGAGGUGGCUGCAGCUCCAUCAGGUAAAGAGGAAUCAAGACAGGACAAGGAUGGUCUCUCCAUAGGAAGAAAGAGCCCCUCUACAGGUGAAGGUGUCUGCAGAGAGACUGGACACAGCACACCCGCAGAGGAGAAAGCAAGCGCUGAGAGCCUGAAGGGAGAGGUGUGCCCUUGGGAGGCUCCAGGGGCUCAAUCCACGGAUAAAGCAGAAAUCUGCCCCUGGGAAGCAGCUGCAGCUCCAUCAGCUAAAGAGGAAUCAAGACAGGACAAGGAUGGUCUGUCCAUAGGGAGCAGAAGCUCCUCUACCAGUGAAGGUGUCUGCAGAGAGACUGGGCACAGCACACCCGCAGAGGAGAAAGCAAGCGCUGAGAGCCUGAAGGCAGAGGUGUGUCCUUGGGAGGCUCCAGGGGCUCAAUCCAUGGAUAAAGCAGAGAUGUGCCCCUGGGAGGCGGCUGCAGCUCCCUCGCAGCAGCUCAGGGCAAAGCAGGGCCCUGGGGGGGUGCCCAGGGGGGACAAGCGCAUCAGGCGCCAGGCAGCGCUGCCCAGCCUGGGGACAGCCCUGGAGAGGGGCAGCAGCGAGCGAGAGGCCGCGUGUCCAUGGGAGAGCCUGGACAUGGGGCAGCCCAUGGAGCAGCCCCGUGCCCGGAGCCCAGCGCUGCCCAGAGCACCUCCGAGGACAUCCCAGAGCGGGGAGAGCCUGAAGGCAGAGGUGUGCCCUUGGGAGGCUCCAGGGGCUCAAUCCACGGAUAAAGCAGAGAUCUGCCCCUGGGAGGUGGCUGCAGCUCCAUCAGCUAAAGAGGAAUCAAGACAGGACAAGGACAGUCUGUCCAUAGGGAGCAAAAGCCCCUCUACCAGUGAAGGUGUCUGCAGAGAGACUGGACACAGCACACCCGCAGAGGAGAAAGCAAGCAUGGAGAGCCUGAAGGCAGAGGUGUGCCCUUGGGAGGCUCCAGGGGCUCAAUCCAUUGAUAAAGCAGAGAUCUGCCCCUGGGAGGUGGCUGCAGCCCCAAGUAAGAGCCUCCCAUCAGAAGCAGCGGGUGCCUGCAAACCAGGGGAGAAGGGGAGCAGUGAGCGUGAGGCCAUCUGCCCCUGGGAGAGCCUGGACAUGGAGGAGCAAUCCCUGAAAACUGCAACAGGGAAAGGGCCAUCCAAGAAGUCCGACAGCACGGAGAGCAGGAAAGCUGAGAUUUGCCCCUGGGAAGCAGCAGAGCCCAAUGGCACAGAGGAGGAAAGCCCACAGGGAGCUGAUGGGGCAUCCAGCACUGGGAUGGGAGAGGCAAAGCCGGUGGUGGGAGCCAGCCCCAUGUCUCCAGCAGCCCCACAGAGCAAACCCAAGGGCAGACCUGGCAGCGAGGCCAAGCACAAGCCCCUGAGCCGCAUCCAGCCCCCGCGGGGCCCCAGGGCAGAGCUGCUGCCUUGGGACAUGGGUACAGCCCCUGGGGCAGGCAGCAGCCCCAGCCCAGCUGAGGUUUGUCCCUGGGAAGCAGAAGAGGCUCCACCAGCAUCUGACAAGACCAGCACAGACAUGAGGAAAACCUCAGAGGUGUGUCCAUGGGGGGUGGAGGGGGCAGAUGCCACCCGCAGUGGAACCAAAGCUGGUGUCUGCCCUUGGGACCAUGAGUAGCUCCCUCUGGCCGGGGCCACCAGCCGGAUGCAGACAUGGUUUCAUGAACAGAAAGUCUUGAGCUGAAGGCUGAUGCCUAAUGGCACAGCCCAAGCAGGGACAGAAGUGUCCACCAAAGCCAAUGGCAUGGCCACGCUCCCAACAGGCUCUGGUGGUGGCCAUCAGCCAGCCAGGCUCAGGGUCCAGUGCAGUGAGGGGACAAUUAACAUCUCCUGCCCUCAUCAAGCUCUCCAGAUGGGUGCAAACACCACCCAUCAUCUGCCCACAGGUAGGUGGCCCAGUGCAGGGUCCAAGCAGGCACCUGAAUAUGUUAAAACACGUAAGGAAGAGUCAAACCAGGGCAGGAAGAUGAUGCAGGAGAGGGGGAAACCAGCUUCCCCCCGUUCCUGCAGCCCAGCCCAUUGCCCCAGCACUGCUGGCACCUCCAUUUGGAGCCAGGGGGUUUCUGUUAGCAGUGCUAGGACCAGGCAGGGUCUGAAGCCAGGGGUAAAGAGCCUGUCUCCAUAAGAGAGGUGCUCCAGCUCUCUGAUGGAGGCUCAGAUGGAAGCAAAUAAAGAAGAAGGCAGCAGAAGUGAAGGUUUUGGUUCUCCCUCUGAAUCCACCCAAGGCUCAGGGCUCAUCCUGCUGGUCCUUUGUCGUUUGGUUCCACUCUCCUUAGCAAGGUAUGUUGGUAUCGUGUGCUGUCUGUGGUCUUCAGCACCGAGUGUUCCACGAUCAUCUGAUGGUGUAAGUAAGUGUACAUACAGCAAAUAAAACAUAUUAUUUACAGAGCACACACUUAGUGGCCGAUUUAUGGGGUGUGGGCAAGAUACUGAAUAUGCUCUUUCUUAGAGGUACAGCAGAAAGCAGCGAGGCUGGAAAGGAAACCCAGAAACACAAGUGGGUGAGUUGCAGAGGUUUGACUAUUGGCAAAGCUGCUGGGGAGCCACACACUGCUGCACUGGAAGGAAAGGCCUU